UUGUCCUGAACAAAUGCAUUGCACUCAUCUCAGCCUUCUUCUCUCUCUCUUUGCACUAGAGUUCUUCAGUUCACAGCCUACAAGAAUCCAAGAAGAUGUCUUGUGGAGGAAACUGCAACUGUGGCUCGAGCUGCAAGUGCGGCAGCGGUUGCGGAAACAUGUACCCUGGCCUGGCAGAGAAGACCACAACCACCUCAGCAACUGUAGUUCUCGGCGUCUCACCUGCAAAGGAGCAAUUUGAGGGAGUUGGCAAGGCAGCUGAGUCAGGUGAGGCUGGCCAUGGCUGCAGCUGUGGCUCCAGCUGCAAGUGCAGCCCCUGCAACUGCUGAAGGAGAAGAUCAUCUGCUGCAACUAUGAUAUGUGUACAAGUAAAUAAUGAGCCAUUUGGUGAAAUGGCUCCAGUGUGUGUGUGUGUGAGUCAGCUUGUUUUCAUCCUGAUGUAGUAAUGUGGUCUGUGAAUCUUGUUAGGUGUCUCCUUUAAUCUCCUGUCAGAAUGUAAUUAGAGGCUACUAUAUGUCAUGGCCUUAUGAUUGGAGCACCUGACGUUUUCAGGCUAUACUAUUACCAUGUUUGUGUCAGUGUAUGAGUGUUUGGUUGUGAAAUAUAAUAUGGUUUACUUGGACA